AGUUGGCGAGGAUAAUGGAACGACCCUUCCUCAUAUACAAUAAUUUAGUAAACCUCGUUUAGUUGACAGGAAUAGGGUAUACGAUACAAUAAAUUUUGUUUAAAAUUGCCAAACUUGACGUAAGAAAAGACGCCCUAAUGACAGCCAUGAAGAACAACUUGAAUAUCGAAUGGGGAAACAGUUCAAUUUAGCAACAAGAAACCUUGGCUGCGACUAGAAGCUGAAGAGUAACGUCAUUGUAUUUAAAAAAUGGUAAAAAAAAUGGAUACAUCAAAGUACGAUCUACAUCAGUCGGCAAAGUAUUGAAAUUUUAAUGUCAUAUUUUGUUAUAUUCUAUUAACCAUGAACUUUUUACAAUUUUUAUAUGUUUGUUACCUGUUUUUGCAGAGGUACACUCUCUUUCACUUUGGGAAUGAUCAAACGAUUACGAAUCCGCAAACUUAUGCCAUCACGUUUGAAGCUCCACACAAUACUCCGAACACCGAUCUGAAGCUGAGACAUCCAUUCGAAGAUAUAACGCUAUAUAAUGUGUACACGACUAUUUAUAUGAGAUGUCCUAUCUGCCUACACAUUGCAAAGGAGAUUAAUCACGUUAUAGAAGUUAAUUUAGACGAGGCCACGGACCCUUUAGAAGAAAUAAAAAUCAUAAGUGACUUGCUCAAGGAAUUUUGUCCAACUCAUUUUGACAGUUCCAAAAUAAGGAAAGCUGUACUGAAAUGUGGCGGCUUGUUCACUCUGCUGAAGUAUGGCAGUCAUGGUUUGGACGAAAAGUGGAACACGAUGUUGAAGGGAAUAUGCUAUCGCUACGUAAAUCAUAUUAACGUUCACAAUCUUUAUCAUAAAGUGAUAGAAAAACAAUUCCCCAUGGGCCACAUGCUAUGCAGAAGCGGAGGAGUGUUUAGAGACUGCGCCAACGUCGACAUCGACAUCGACGGUUGCUAAACGUCUUUGAUCAAAUUGACUGUACUUGUAUUUCUACAUGUAAUAUUAAAAAG